AGGAUCCACGGCAUGCUUUACUUCAGACCAGUUGCUGAAUGGAACACGAGCGGAGCAGCAGCGUCUUCUCUCUCUCCCUCUCUCUCUUCUCUCUCUCUCUCUGUCUCAAUGAGAACACACUUCCCUCACAUCUGUCCAUUAUUUUUGCACGGAUAUACUGCUUAUUCCACGCACGAGAGGAACAUUUUCCUGGAAUAUACCGUAUUAGAUUUAAAAUCUGGAUUACCGGAUCACGUUAAUUUAAGGCUGAAACCCCGGGACUGCGUUGUGUUUAGACCUCAACUCCGCACGUUUCUUCACUGUUUUUUUUAUUUUUUCUUCUUCUUUUUUUUGCGGCGUGAUGAAAAUAUGAGACGCUCGACGCUGCUCGGCUCCGGUCGCCCCUGAGAAGUGAUCCGAGGUGCACUUACAGGCGCGCGGAGAGGACAACGGAGCCAUGAGUCGCGCGCUCAUUGAGCCCGUGACCACCAGCUUCCGGGAAGACGCGCCCCGUCCACCGGUACCGGGAGAAGAGGGUGAGGAGGAGGCGUCGUCGUCGUUGUCGCGUUGCGAUCCGUCCGCCUAUAUGAAAAUCAAGAACGCGGUGAAAUCGGCGCGCGCGCCGCGGAGGGAUGAGGACGGCCUGGGCGAGCCGGAAGGGAGCGCGUCGCCAGACUCGCCGCUCGCACGGUGGACCAAGUCGCUGCGCUCGUUGCUGGCCGACCAGGACGGCGCGCACCUGUUCCGGACUUUCCUGGAGCGUGAGCGUUGCGAGGACGCGCUCGACUUCUGGUUCGCGUGCAACGGCUUUCGGCAGAUGGACCUGCAGGACGCUAAGACGCGCCGCGUGGCGCGAGCCAUUUACAAGCGCUACGUGGAGGGUCGCGGCGUGGUGGCCGAGCACCUGCGUGCGGCGACGCGCGCCUGCAUCCGCGAGAGCGUCAAGAAGCAGCGGAUCGAGCUCCGCAUGUUCGACCAGGCCCAGACUGAGAUCGAGGGCGGGCUGGAGGAGAGCGCCUACCGCGCUUUUCUCACCUCGGACAUUUACCUGGACUACGUGCGCUCCGGCGGCGAGAACGCUGCGUGCGCCGGCCACGCCCACGCGCAUGGCGGCCUGGCGAGCCUCGAGCUUGUGUGCGGCUACCUGCCGCCGCUAAUCGAGGACAAGGAGUGGAGCUGCGGCGAGCUGAAGGCCAAAGCGCUGGCGGCUGUGGUCGGGCUGUCUGCCGAGACGCUGCGCGCCACCAUGACGCUGCGCACCGCAGACUGCAGGGCUCAGAAACGAGGAGACCCGGCCAGUCCGUAUUUUGUGAACUCGGGUCACGUCGUGGCUCCAGCCAGCAGCGCUAACGACAGCGAGGUGUCCAGCGACGCCACCACUGACGACUCCAUGUCCAUGACCGACAGCAGUGUGGACGGGAUCCCGCCAUACAAGCUGGGCACGAAGAAACAGCUACAGCGGGAGAUGCACCGGAGCGUCAAGAUCAACGGACAAGUUUCGCUCCCCCACUUUCCGAGGACGCAGCGACUGCCGCGAGAGAUGGCUCCAGUGAAGCCGUCUGCGUUUGCGGCAGAGCUGAUCGCCCGUCUGGAGAAACUGAAGCGCGAGCAGGACACGCUCAGCUCUCUAGAGGAAAGGUUACAGCAGAUACAGGAGGAAGAAGAACGAGAUGACAGUGAAUUACCUGUAGUCGUCCCCCAGCCGCCUCCCGCUGCUCUCAGCCUCCUCUCCUCCGGAUUGUGCGAUGAAGACCCUCAAGCCAUUCUGGAUGAGCACCUCUCCAGGGUCCUAAAGACCCCAGGGUGCCAGUCCCCUGGCAUACCAGGCUACUCGCCUCGCUCCCGUUCCCCUGACCAUCAUCAUCAGCAAGGCUCUACCCCCAAUCUCUUACCUAGUAUGCACUGUUCUGUACCAUCCAAGACACCCGGGAUGGCUCCGCAGCCCUCCACCAAGCACAUCCAUCACCACUACAUCCACCACCACCACUCUGCUUCACCCAAGAGCAGGGAGGAAAUGGAGGCUGAGGCGGCGCACCGAGUGGCGCAGUGUCUAGGCUCCUCCGGGUCAGAUUACUGCUACCAAAGGUGCCACAACUCAGCCGAUCUUCAACAAGGGCGUACCAGCACGUUGUCUAAGCGUCCCAGUAAUAUUAGUGAUGGAAUGAGUGGUUGCAAGUCAAGCGAAGAGGAAAGCAGCUCACCUCUGCUCCCCAGAGAUGGUAUAGUCCGAUCACACAACGUGUGGCAGUGGAUCUUGGAAAGUGAGAGGCAGAACAGGCACAAACCUCACGGUUCUCAAGGCCUGAAGAAGGUGCACCCAAGCGACUUGUCUUCUAAGACGCCCUUAUGGGGUGGUGGAGGAGUAGGUGGUCAUGCUCGAGCACACCAUCCGGGUCACCCGUUCGUCCAGGAUCCCACUAUGCCGCCCCUCUCUCCACCAAACACUCUCACACAGCUCGAAGAAGCCUGCCGAAGACUGGAAGAAGCCUCCAAACCCACUAAACAAAGACACUCAGCCUCCAGCCUGCAGAAAGAGAGAGUGCAUCCGUCUCUUUUCUCCAACAGCAGCUCGCCUCUCAUCAGCCCUGCCCUGCAGAUGGACGAGUGGAAGGAGCAGCGGCGGCUGAGUGCCGGACACUCCAGCGCCCACUCUGGCUCGGAGCUGGUGGUCACCUAUUUCUUCUGUGGCGAGGAGAUCCCUUACCGCAGACUCAUGAAGACCCACAGCCUCACUCUCGGCCAUUUCAAAGAGCAGCUCCGCAAGAAAGGCAACUACAGGUACUACUUUAAGAAGGCCAGCGAUGAGUUCGAGUGCGGUGCCGUGUUCGAGGAGAUCUGGGAGGACGGCACGGUGUUGCCUAUGUACGAAGGGAAGAUCCUGGGAAAAGUCGAGCGCAUGGACUGAGCACAUCUCGCCAUCCGGCCAGCCGAUUGCUGUACACCUUUUAACAGUUAUCAAGCGCCGGGAUAACAAAUGAACUUCCACCAUCCAAACACGCUGUCAGCAGGAACUUCAGAAACAAAGCUAGCCGUCCAUCAGACAUCAGGCAGACAGACUCCUUUGGCACAAAUGCGUGCCUUUUUAAAGCUACCUAGAGUUAAUAUAUUUGAAGAGAAAAAAAAAAAAAAGACCGAAUGGGAUGUGAUGAAGCGAUUGAAGGAACAAUAAUAACCAAUGAAGAUGAGCACAAGACCUUUGUUUUUUCUAACCACUCCGCCUUAGAAAACAAUUUUGAGCUGCUGCAUGGAAAUAAAACCAUUGAAGGUGCAGAUUAGUUCAUCACGCUACAGCAAGUGGACGGAGCCUAUAGUGCAUCAUCUGCUUUAUCUAUUGAACUCUGAAACAUCUAUACAUGCGUAUAUACAUACACGCCUAUGUGUAUAUAUACAUGUGUCCUUGGAAGAUGUUUUUAUUAUCUUUUUUUUUUUUUUUUUAAGUAUUUAUUGAACUAUAUUAUCCUAUUUUUCCUGACUCUCACGUCCACCGAAAGGACACGCUGCUUAAAACACACACACACACACACACACACACACACACACACACACACACACACACACUCUUCCCACUCCUCUUAAAACACAUUUCUGAUCAUAAUUUGCUGCAAUGAAAGCUACCUGUGCAGUAACUACUUCUUAAGAGUUUCAUUAGUAGACAUUAUUAGGUUCCCAUUGCCAGUAAAUUUCAUAAGAUCAUCAAGUCACUGUCGUAGCUCUCACUUUUAGCUGCUGAAUUGUCCAUAACUCGUCGUCCGGCCUCUACUGAACGCUCCAGUAUUAGUCAUGCAAGGUUACCAGGCGUAAGACAUGAUACUGGAGAUCUUAAAAAAGUAAAAAAAAAUUAAGCGACCUUCAUGACUGAAAUUAUAGUCAUAUGGGCCGUCGAUUAUAGAAAGCUCUUCUUGUGGUGCCUUUGUUUGUUGGUGUGGAGUUUUUUUGUUUUGUUUUGUUUUGUUUUUCCGUCUGUCUAAAGGAAUCGUGAGUGUAUUGGAAAUUGUAAUCGUAUGCCUGUUUCGCAAGUGCAAUCCUAAUUUAGGUUUUUAGAAUAUGAUUUCUAUUAUUAGAAAUCACUAUUGACAUACGAAUUUCACUUUGCAUUUACAGCCUGCUGGUUAUAUUGCCUAGGCACACAAUUACAACUCUGGGAUUGUUACUAAUAGCAAGCUGAAGGUACCAAAAAACGGCAAAAUAAUUUCCCAACUUCCGUAUAAUCCCCUUGUGAACCUGCUAAAUUGCUAGUGCGCUGCAGUUACCAUAUAGAGCACGAUUAUCUAUACGUUACAGCUACACACUAUCCGAGUGCAAACCGAGCAAUGUGAAUAAUGAUCUGUAAACAUACCGUAUGAAACGAAUCUGAAAUAUGUUGCAAGUUACAAAUUCCGAUGCCCUGUAAGUCAUAAAAUUGUGAUUGUAUGAAUUGUGACAUAUCACUUUUUGGCAGGAAAUGAACUCUUAUACAUUGCAAAAAUGUAUGCAACUUCAUAGGUCACAAUCACAGCUUACCAUAUCCAUACCACAUUCAUACCACAUUUUCUAAGAUAAUCUCAUACUGUAGGCCUAUAUUACGAACGCUCCAUUGUGAAGGGGGGGUUGGCGUGGGAGGGGGUUAGGGCACUAAAGUUUAUCUGAUAUCAGUGCAGCACCUGUGCCUACAUGGACCAUACCAUGUGCUACCCUGUUUCAGGGUGUUAUAUUCCCUUGGUUUUUAGAAGGGCUUUAUGUUUUGAAACACUUUGUAAGCUUUUAAUAAAUAUCAUUUACUUUGUUUUGUUUACUUCAUUUUAUCAAAUCUGUAAAUUAUACAUUAUACAAAGAGUUUUCAGUUAAAGAUUUUACUUUGAGCUAUAAUUAUUGUAAUUAUUAAAAGAUGUAGCUUUUAUUAAUAAAGUUUUAUAUUUUUCAAAUUAAAGAAGAAAAAAAAAAAAAUACUUGUAAUG